GCUCGUCUCAGCCCGCGGCUCUCCAGGCUCCGCCCCUCCAUCAGAGUCCUGCCUGCGCUGCGGAGGGUUUGUGCGCUUUCUCUGUCAGGUUACGCGUCUGAAGUUGUGGAAAGGAGGAGAUCGAGGACGUCCAGCCACUUGGAGGAGCAGAAAAGUGGAUGCUCGCUCGUGUCGUGUCGCUCUUUACGCGUGGGAAUACAAAUCACCCGGAGAAGGGAGGGCAUCGGGACGAGUUUGUGGUUUUAUUUAACUGAGAGACCAAGCAUACCCAACAGUAUGCGGUGCAGUUAUGGCAGGCAAGGGUAAGACAGUCGUGAGGACGCUGGAGGAUUUAACGCUUGAUUCUGGUUAUGGUGGAGCCGCGGACUCGGUCAGGUCGUCCAGCGUGUCGCUCUGCUGCUCCGACACGCAUCAGUCCUUCUCGCAUGGGGGCAACUGCUGGCAUCUGACGGAAUCCAUGCACAGCAGACAGAACAGUUUGGACACAGUCAACACCGUCCUGGCGGAGGACACGGAGAUCCUGGAGUGCUCGGGUCAGUGCGCCAAGCUGCCCGAGCUGGAGGACGUGCCGUGGAGCCUGGGCGAGGUGGAGGGCGCGCUGAGGAAGGACGACGAGCUGAUGGUGGGCGACCCUCCGCCGGAGGUCCUGGCGCGGCUGUCGGGGCUCGUCAGCCGCGCUCUGGUGAGGGUGGCCCGGGAGGCACAGCGGCUCAGCCUGCGCUACGCCAAGUGCACCAAGCACGAGAUCCAGAGCGCCAUCAAGGUGGUGCUGUCGUGGACCAUCUCCGUGAACUGCAUCACGGCGGCUCUGAGCGCCCUGUCCCUCUACAACAUGAGCACCGGGGACAAGUUCAGCCGGGGCAAGUCGGCGCGCUGCGGGCUCGUGUUCUCCGUGGGGAAAUUCUUCAGGUGGAUGGUGGACAGUCGGGUGGCGCUCCGGAUCCACGAGCACGCCGCCAUCUACCUGACCGCCUGCAUGGAGAGUCUGUUCAGGGAGGUGUUCGGCCGCGUCCUGCGCAGCGCGCUGGUGGAGAGGGACAACGGGAUCCCCAAGUUUACCCUGGAGUCCCUGGAGCAAGCCAUCAGCAACGACUCGGAGAUCUGGGGUCUGCUGCAGCCCUACCAGCACCUCAUCUGUGGCAAGAACUCCAGCGGUGUGCUGAGCCUGCCGGAGAGCUUGAACCUGCACCGGGACCAGCAGCGCUCGGGGAGGGGCAGCGAGGGUCACGGAUACACCCAGGCCGAGCUCCGCACGCUGGAGCAGUCUCUGCUCGCAACCCGGGUGGGCAGCAUCGCAGAGCUGAGUGAUUUGGUGUCCCGGGCCAUGCACCACCUCCAGCCGCUGCACAUCAAGAACCCCAGCAACGGGACUCCGGUCCACCAGAAGACCAACACCACAGUGCACUGGGAGCCCGAGGCCCUCUACACCCUGUGUUACUUCAUGCACUGCCCACAGAUGGAGUGGGAGAACCCCAACGUCGAGCCCUCCAAAGUCACCCUACAGACCGAGAGGCCGUUCCUGGUGCUGCCUCCGCUGAUGGAGUGGAUCCGGGUGGCGGUCGCCCACACCGAACAUCGACGAAGCUUCUCUGUGGACAGCGACGACGUGAGGCAGGCUGCCAGGCUGCUGCUGCCCGGUGUAGACUGUGAGCCGCGACAAAUAAAAGCCGAGGAUUGUUUCUGUGCCACCAGAAAGCUUGAUGCAGCCUCCACAGAGGCCAAGUUCCUGCAGGAUCUGGGCUUCAGGAUGCUCAACUGUGGCCGGACGGACCUGGUCAAGCAGGCCGUGAACCUCCUGGGCCCUGAUGGCAUCAACAGCAUGAGUGAACAGGGAAUGACCCCUCUCAUGUACGCCUGUGUCCGUGGUGACGAGGCCAUGGUUCAGAUGCUGCUGGACGCCGGAGCCGACAUCAACAGCGAGGUGCCCAGCACAGUAAACAAGCACCCCUCAGUUUAUCCUGAAACGCGCCAGGGGACACCACUCACUUUCGCCGUGUUACACGGACACGUCCCUGUCGUGCAGUUGUUGCUGGAUAACAGAGCGAAUGUGGAGGGCGCCCUGCAGGAUGGGGCAGAGAACUACACGGAGACCCCGCUUCAGCUGGCCGCCGCCGCAGGUAACUUUGAGCUCGUCAGUUUGCUUUUGGAGAGAGGAGCCGACCCCAUGAUCGGGACCAUGUGUCGAAACGGCAUCUCCUCGGCCCCGCUGGGAGACAUGAACUCCUACAGCCUGGCAGCAGCACACGGCCACAGGAAUGUAUUUCGGAAGCUCCUGUCCCAGUCAGACAACGAGAAGGGGGAUGUGCUGUCCCUGGAGGAAAUCCUGGCCGAGGGUUCGGAUCCAGGGGAGAAGAGGUUGGCUCCUCAUCCCAACGGCGGAGGGACCCUGCGAACAGGAAAGGCCAAACUGAGGGCCCUGAGAGAGGCCAUGUACCAUAGCGCAGAGCACGGCCAUGUGGACAUCACCAUAGACAUCCGCAGCUUAGGCGUUCCCUGGACGCUGCACACCUGGCUCGAGUCCCUGCGUACCUGCUUCAUCCAGCACCGCCGCCCGCUGAUCCAGGGCCUGCUCAAAGACUUCAGCUGCAUCCAGGAGGACGAGUACACGGAGGAGCUGAUCACGCACGGACUGCCGCUCAUGUUCCAGAUCCUGCGCUCCAGCAAGAAUGAGGUGAUCAGCCAGCAUCUGUCAGUCAUUUUCACGCAGUGCUACGGACCCUUCCCCAUCCCCAAGCUGACGGAGAUCAAGAAGAAGCAGACGUCACGCUUAGACCCUCACUUCCUGAACAACAAGGAGAUGUCUGACGUUACCUUCCUGGUGGAGGGGAAACCGUUUUAUGCACAUAAAGUUUUGCUGUUCACAGCUUCGCCCAGGUUCAAGUCACUGCUCCAGAACCGACCGGCAGCAGAAAACACCUGCAUUGAGAUCAGCCAUGUCAAAUACAAUAUAUUCCAUUUGGUCAUGCAGUAUCUGUACUGUGGAGGCACCGAGUCGCUGCACAUACGCAACACCGAAGUAAUGGAGCUCCUGUCUGCAGCCAAAUUCUUCCAACUAGAGGCCCUUCAGAGACACUGUGAGAUCAUCUGCUCCAAGAACAUCACCACUGAAACCUGCGUGGACCUCUACAAACACGCCAAGUUCCUUGGUGCUGCAGAGCUGACGGCUUUCAUCGAGGGCUACUUCCUGAAGAACAUGGUGCUGCUGAUCGAACUCGACAGCUUCAAGCAGCUUCUGUACGAACCUCCGGCCCCCGAGAGCCCCGCGUCCAGCCCCGGCAUCUGCAGCGACAUCCUCCUCGACCUGGAGAAGACUCUGGCCACCCGCAUCCACUCCAUCCACCUGUCCACCUCCAAGGGCUCCGUGGUGUGACGCCGUCGUCCCCGGAGCCCUCCGAUCCAGCCACAGCGUCCAUGUAACACCACUUUCUAGCAUCCAGCGUCCCGCCUGUGUAGACAAUGUGCUCCACCUGUCCUGGCCCCACUGCUGAAGAGGAGCUGUCGGAUGUUUCUGUGUCAGGAAUUCCCUUUAAUUCUGCUUGUUGCAGCUCGCCGAGGGUUAAUGUCGACAGAGUCAGUGAGGGAACUUUCUCGUCUUGUCAGGGGCUUGAACUCUUGUCCUCGUGGCUCCCAUCGGUCACCUCACACCUCAUAUAGUAAGAAAAACUUUAAAAAAAAAAAAAAAACAGAACUGCCUCAACCCAACAGUACCACUUAGAUCUUACCGUGAUUAUAGAACUUUCUAUUGUAUUUCAUAUAGGAUACAUGCAUGGAAUACAUAAGUUUUUCACUCUAAAAGGUAGAGUAGAGUCAAUAAAUGCAGCUGUCAUCAUCUCUGGUUUACAAAUCACACUUUACGGAAAUGGACGCCAUCACAGCAUAAAGUUUCACACAUGCCAAAAUAUAAAUAUAAUCCUAUAUCCUAUACAACCAAUAAAAGUCAUUAGUAGCAAUGCCAGCAGGCGGACUUUUAGAUGGACUUAUUUGAACUUCUCUACAUUUCAUCCUGUCACUUCUGUGUUGGAUACGUUUCACUGUGUUUUAUCGACUGUGUGCAGAGGCCAAACCCAUCACAGGAACUUCCAACGUGGCCGACGCUGCAGCCAGUUGCUGAUUCAACUAAAGACGGCCCACUCAGUGAGAUCUAUGCUGACUUAUGCUUGAAAUGUGGAUGUCCAACUGGGAAAUUAACUUGCGAUAAGUCCACGGAUACUAUUUUUUGCAUGACACCUCCUCAGCUGAGCUGCCCUCAUGUUGCUUUUUAUGCAGAGCUUACUUCAUGGACCACUUUCGCAAAGGGGGAAGCAAAGGGGGAAAACGCUGCUUAUUAAACUUUCUAUACACUGCAAAACGGAUUGAGCGGGACUUGGAGACGGGCUUCACUUGGCAGGGACUUUCUCUUUAAAGAUAUCUAAAGCAAAGUGUAAAUACGUUCUGAGAGUCAUCGUGCUGGUCGGUCCUUUUUGUAAACUGAUGUACAGUAUUCUCCCACACUCGCUUGGCUGACGACACCAGUCUCACUGAAUGUUGCUCCCUGCCGUGUGUCUUGUUUAUGCAAACUUGCAUGUUUAAUCUGUUUGUACGACUCCUCUGUUUUGCUUUAGGCGUGCUUCUCUGUGUAGAUCUGUAGGGCUGAUUGGGGUGUCCAUCGUUCCAGUCCAAUCAAAGUCAUUUUCCCGUCGAUUGUUUUUUCCUCUUUCUGACACAUUCCAAGUUAUCAGGGUAGAUCACCAAAUGCAUAUUAAUGUCACUUUUGGUUUUAGGAUUCAUUCACAUGAAUUCUGUGAGGUUGGCUUUCUGCACACUGUCAGCGCUGAGGUUAUUAGAGAUGCAAUUCCACCUGCGAUCUGUAUCUGGAUACGUUAUCAGAUCUAUGGGCAUUUACGCCUGGGAUUGAAAUGGGUCGUCUAAUUUGUGCCUGUAAUUUGAUCCGGCCUCAGUAUAGAAAUUUCGUUGACUAGUCAACAAACAUGGCACAUCCCAGGUCUGCUGUAUGCUGUCAGUUUAUUCCUGCUGCUGUCUGAAGCUUUUGUCAGGUUCUCUUGAGUCCAGAGCUGGAGGUUGAUGCUGUCAGACUGUCAAGGUUGCUUUUAUUUAGGGCUGAAAUAUAAACACAGUCUGGCCAUCUCUAGAUGUGGUCUAGCUGAUGUGAUCAUUUCCAGAUUCUAGUGCAUUCUGCAUGUAUUUACACUGGAGCCCACCCAUACUGGAUUUUUGGGACCGAUAUGGAGGAGAAUUUCCAUAUCCUGGCUGAUUUUCUUUAUAUAGGUGUUAGAGUACAAUUGAGUUUUUUGACUUUCCAGCAAUGUAUUUCACUAACUAGUUGGCAACUUACUGUAAAUACACAACUUGGCUCUACUACACAUGGCUGUAGUAAAAAGAGUAGAAGAAGUCAGGAAAAAAAACAGUUGUUUGAAGAAAGAAGCUGAAUUUUGGCAUCUUAAAAAGUCUUUGGGAAUUGUUUUCAGCCAGGAAAGGUUGUAUUUGUUCUUUCAUUCCAACUGGCAUUGGCCAUGUUUCAGUGUUUCAUGAUGUCCAGAUGUGAAACUAUCAAAUUCUGAAAGUCUAAACCAAAAUAUAUAUAGUUUUUACAGUUGACUGAGGUGGAAAAGUUUGGUUCAUAGAAUUCAGUAACUGUAGAAUUUGAGAAAAAGCAAUUGAAAAGGGGGUGAGCAAAUUCUGUGUGAUGUACAGAAAGCAGUGAGAAGAGUGUAAGUUCCUGAAAUGAAAACAUGAUCGUCAUUUGUCAUUUCCCUUCAUGUGAGGUUUGACUGGUACAAUUGUAACUACAUUAUCACAUUGCUUCCUCUUCUUCUGCUUUUUAAUGGCAUAGGAGUGGAGAGUUAGCGUCAAUCGUAAAAGCUCAUCCAGCAGCUUGUGGCACUUCACAGCUUCAUCCAAUUAGCUAUACAAAGCAACGCAUUGUUGUACUGAAGCUAAAAAAGGGACCAAAUCUCACACCUGAGACAGCAAGUCAGUAAAAGAUCCAAAUGGUAUGUCCAGAAAUGUUCAGUAAAAGAUAAAAUGGGCAAUAAUCUUUUAUCAACAAAAACAUAAGGUGCAGAAAAUGUGGUGUUGUAGGAGUUGUUGUGAUCGUCUCAGGUGUUUGGUUUGGAGGAUGUGGUCCCUCUUUUUGACCGGUUUAUUGUUCCACUUGUAAAUCUGAUGCCUGACAAUCGUCCAUGUUGUGUCUGAACUCAGUGCUGAAAGUGUGCAGUAAGUUCACCUUUGGUUGCACAUGAUUGUUGUGUAUUUAAUGACCGCCUCUGAAUUCUACAAGGACCAAAAUGCUCAACUUGACACCAGAUAUUCAACAGCAGAUGAUGCUCGCUCGCUGAGAAAGAGCAAAAACCUCAACAGUUCAAGAGCAUUUUCAUAAAACCCAGCUGACUUUCCGACGACCCCUCACUACACGGUAUACUUCAUGAAUGUAACAACGCAACAAGAGCUGAAUAUUAACAAAAUGUGCAAUGUUUCCACUUCAGCAAGAAACCAAAAGAAGAUGCUUCCGUCUGCACAAUGCAAACGUCUCUCCAUACGUUGUGAUUGUUGUUUCUUCAUUUGUCCUCAAGAUAAAAGACAAAUCUUAUGACUUCAAAUAUUGUAGCACAUUCAAAAUUAUUUAAAUACUACCUUUGGGCCCAAUAAGUCACUUCAAGAGAACAUAAAGAUGAACUGGUUUUAGGUUCUGUAAAUAGUUACAGAAAGGGGAAUAUAGAUAUUAUCCUACAACUUUAUUUUCUUACCUACAUGCAUAGCACUAUAUAUUUUAUUUUACAUUCUGCAGCUAUUUUGUUUUACAAAAGUGAAAAAGAUUAUAUAAAAAGAUGCUUUAAAAUUAUGAAAUCGAGCAAUAUUUCCAUUAGAUUGUAUUACUUUGAGUGGUGCAAUGAUUAAUAUGCCACAGGAGCUGAACAGAACAGACUUAGAGUGACUGAAAAAAAGCCUGAAUAUAUUACUUUUUGGGACCUACGGUGUGUUUUCUUUGACAUACUCAUUUUUGAAAGCACACUUGUUAAGCCGCCGUGCUGUUGAUUUUACCCUGAAUGCUUUCCAAAAGCCAAUUCCUUCUGUUAUUAACACACAUUUGCAUGUUUGACUUCGCUCUGACUCAUCACAUUUGAAUGGAAACUCGCUUCGUCAAUGUGAACUGUAACUUAAAGAUGCAAACCAUUUUGUCUCCACCGAGGUAAAAAGGUUCAUAAUGAUGUCAAGCACUUUCUGUGCCAGUGUUACUGUAGCCUCACACAGUCAUUUAACAGUGAGUCUUCUUGUGAAUCCAACUGCAGCUGAACAUGGUUUCAACAUUCAAAUAUGAAAAUCAGCCAAAAGACUUUAAGCUGUUUUUAUUAGUCAUUAGCAGAAAGACUAACGUUGCCCCUGUACUGGCGCUUUGGACUCCGAAUUGGGUCGAAGCUGUAGAGUUCCGCAUGGCUCUUCUUGUUUAAUGUUGUUGAGAAUGUGCCCUGUACACCAGCUUCGUCGCUAACGAGUCUCUCCCUUUAUUUGUCCGAGCAUUUAUUUGCCUGCGUUCGUGUUCCUGGUAAUAAACAACAUUUCUCCUAGACGCAGUGGAAACAUGCAUGGGAUGUUCACUAGAUUUACACUCCACAGGGGGGAUGAACUUUUUUGCUAUUUUUCUUUUCCUUUGAUGAGAACAUGUAUAUUGUACAAAAUAUAUAUAUAAAUAUAUAUAUAUGAAAUAUAAAUUAUACAUGGUGUGAGAGCAGGGAUGUGGUGGAGUAUAACAACAAACAGGAAUGUUACACUCGUGCUACAGUUUCUGUUGUUCCAUGACAUGCUUUUGUGGACAGCUAAUAAAAGACCACAGUUUAAACCAUA